CAUUUGACAGCACCCGUCAGACACGCGUCUUUCCGAGCCAUGAGCUUGGAUGCGCCUCUCAUUCGAAGCCGAACCAGUUUGUUUCUGUCCUACCGUGAAUCUCGGCUGGUUGCUCGACCACGAAACACAUACCCAGAGUCGCCGUUUGCUGCGGGAGCUGAUGAUGACGAGAGAGAGGGCUUGAUUCAACAACAGCCAGCGGUCGAAAUCGACCUUCCACCCAAAUGGGUCGACAUCUCGGAACAAGUUCAAGACAUCCUCGCCGAUACGCACGCUAAAAUUACCGCACUCGAGAAACUCCACGCAAAGCAUGUCCUACCGGGGUUUACGGACCGCACCCUCGAGGAGCGUGAAAUUGAGAACCUGACGACUGAUAUCACUAAGGUCGACAUUUCCUCUUUGUCCUCAUCGGGACAUCUCCUCGAGUUUUUCAUUGAUAUUGUUACGCAGGACUUUCGCCGGUGCCAGGGCCUGAUACAACGCAUUGGAACAACGCCGCAUUCAUUCCCGCCUUCCCACUCGACUGCCCACACUUCUCUAGCUGCCAAGAACGUGCAGCGCGGAUUGGCCGCAAAAGUUCAAGAACUGAGCGCGACUUUUCGAAAGAAGCAGCGGGUGUAUAUGGAAAAGUUGCAAGGUCAUGCGAUAAAAAAUCAGGAUCUCCUGAUUGCGUCUGGAGCUGUUUCGCUCAAAGGCUCGGACGGCUUGUCUGCCCUCGAUGACGAUGUAGCUGCUGCGACACAUACUCAAGUCCAAUCGCUCGCCACAGAAGACCACACUCUGACCACUCGUGACCGCGAAUUGACCGAGAUCGCGAAGUCAAUCAGCCAAUUGGCAGAGCUCUUCAAAGACCUCUCAGUGCUCGUCAUUGACCAGGGAACAUUGCUGGACAGUGUUGAAUACAACAUAGAGCAGACGGCCUUCCAAGUAGAAGACGCCGUCAAAGAACUUAAGGUUGCCACGGGUUAUCAGAAGAACACGGGCAGGAGGCAGCUCAUAUUCCUCUUAGUCCUCAUCAUCUUUGGCCUCAUUGUCGUUUUAAUUCUGAAACCCAAGAAGAAGUCAAAGCCGGACGAUUGA